CGGUCCAGUGAAGAGGCACAGUGUUGCUGCUCUGUGGUUUGAAGCAGCAAAAGCCAUGUCUUCAGUAGUCUACGCUCUGCUAAUCACCCUGUGCAACGUUUGGUGCUUGAUCAGUGGGGCUUCUGUGGCGGUCCCAGAUGUUGCUGUGAGAUGUGCUGAAGAAGCGCUGCUGCCCUGUAAAGUUCUUUGGGACUCCUCAAUCACCUACCAGACAGCAUCUUGGUACAAAAUGGCUGGAGAAGGCGAAGGAAUAGCAUGGAAAGUCCUUGAUGUGGAAUCUCAUUAUCCAAAAGAACUUGGGGGGUCCCUGGAGCUCUCCAACGACACCUUCUUUUCACUGAGGAUCAAAAAUGCAACCAGCCGAAACAGCGGGACAUAUAAGUGCAUUUUGGGGCAACAGAGUGGAGAACACAAUCUGAGUGGCACAGUCACAUUAAGAGUAACAGGUUGCCCCGGAAUAGAAGAUGAAAAACUAAAAAAAUACAAAGCUGAGCUUUUCAUGCUGACUUGUCUUGGGAUUUUUUACUUGCUGCUCAUCUUUUUUACCUGUACAUGUCUAAGAAAAGAGAGUAUGUUUCCCAAUUAUCAAAAAACCAGACCAGAUAUGAAACACAUGCUUACCCUCAUCAAUGUACGUGAAAUGACAACUUUCCAGGAUUUAAACAGCAACAGCACUUGCAAAAAUGAGCUUACUUCAAGUUCUGUCUAAGCUGACGUUGCCAGCACCGUGGGCUCAUCAGUAAACACGACACGAGCUGGAUGGCCGAGUUGUAUGGAGAGGAAAUAAACAGUAAUAUAUGGCCUCUUCGGAACAGCCUGAAAGUAUAGGCAGCCUGUCAGUGAUGUGCUUGCACUGGACAAGCCUUCGAAAAGCACUGUCAUGCACUACAGUAACUUUUGGGAGUUAGGCAGCUAAGAAAUACCAUUACAGCUACACAGCGGUGUUGCAAUGCUGUUAUGAAGUUGGCAUCAACUUUAUUUCACUCUGCUGUGCAGCCCUCUUGUUCUGAGCAAGAACGUGCCUGUGAUAUGAAGGCCAGGUGAUAGGGAGGCCACGGGAGCGCAAAGCCGGGAGAUUAAGCUCUUCACUGAACUAAUAGCUCUCAUCUUUCAAAAGCAAACGCAGCAGGUGCUGCAGUACGGACAGAGAAGUGUGCGGGGCUGUUUCUGCUCCGUGCUCUGAGCCUGAUUCUGGAUGGAGUUCCUUUACUGCAAAUGGGAUGUAACUUGCCAGGUGAUGUUCAAGUAGGCUGAAGAGGUGACUUCAUGCUCUUGUCCUGGGUGAAUCAAAUCAACAUUCAUUUUUAAAUCUGAGAGUGACAGACGGGCUGAAAUGUAAGAAGAGAGAAAAUAUUCUGGAAAUCUUUCUGGACUGAGAGGAACUUUCUGUCUCUGCAAGAGAGGUAGGGAUGGAUUUGCACAAUGGGUCCAUCAGUCACUUCCCAGAGGCAUCUCCAUAAGAAUCCAUAGAACAAUCCAUAGGAAGUUUCAACGAGACCGUUAACCUUAAAGCAACAAAAGUAAGAAUGAAGCAGCCUGUGGUACAUUAAGGAGAUGUAAAGAUGACUUAUUUUGUGGUUUAGAAAACAUAAAGCCAAAUGUAUGCAACACCCAUGUCAGUCAAGUUACACAAGUGAUGACCAAAGCCAUGGCUUGGAAGAAAUCAACUAGCCGUAUGUUUGGGAUGUAUUAAGUCAGCUGUGAGAUAUAGGAAUAGAAGAUAGGGCAUAUGAGCACCUGCUUUGGUGCUAACAGUGUGUAGUAUAUGUGAAACAAGGACAUGAGAAAAGCUGAACUCAGGCAUACAAUAUAAGGGAGAGAAGGCUUGUCCUCUUGGACCGAAGAAAACAAGAGCGAUUCUGGAGUCUGAAAUCAAGGAACCUCCCUUAUCGGGCUGCAGGUACAGAAGGUGAAGCAAGAGGAGUCUAGAGUGGCUGUGGGUGUUUAUGUCACAGCAUAAGAAUUUGAGCCAAAACAUGAGAAUUUGCAAGCACUUAAGAACACAUCUUAAAAAAAAAAAAAAAAAUCCUUCAAGAGUUAAACUGCAACCUUAGGAUUUUUAACGCAGUUUGGAAUUCCAGGCUGUGACAAGGAUGCUCUUUCUGUAAUCCUUUGACUAAUUUUGAAGUGCUGAUGGGGAGGAAAGCACUGUGCAUCACUCAGUAGUGCCUCUGUGAGCAGGGUAGAUGUCUCCAUUGGUGGAGUCCAAGGGGUUCCUGGCCAGAAGAAUGGUUACAAGGGAUAUGCAAUUUACUUAGAGCAUGGUAAAUUAAUGCCACAUUUGCUUGUUUAUAAUCGAUUUUUACAUAUAAAUGUGUGUAACAUCCUUUAAAUAAAAAUUCAGAGGUAACCUAUCAUCUGUUUUUGUGUGCCACAUAUGGCAAAUAAACCCAGAAACACUCUG